AUGAAAAAAAAAAAUAUUAUUUCUUCAUUACAAUUGGAUAAUCCAAUAAAUAUCAUAGAAACAAAUGAAUCAAUACAAGUUAAAUUUCUUCUAAAUAAUUAUGUAUUAACAGUUUCAACAGCAAAAAGUAAUUAUUUUGCUACACUUGAUGAAACAAAUACACAGAUUUCAGCAAGUCAAAAUGAUGGACCAGUUCCACUUGCAGGUGCUAUUACAAUGUAUCCUGAAUUAAUACGAACAGUAAGACAAAAUUUAGUCAUUUUAAUGACGAGAUUUUCAGAGAAAAACUGUAAAAAUCAUUUUACAAGUUUGAUAUUCAAAUAUUGUGAUAAUCAAUUAAUAAAUAAAUUAAAAAAUUUAACAAAUACACAAAUACAUAUUCGACCAGCUAAUGUAACUGAUGGACAAGUUAGAAUUUUAAAAGGCGAUAUUUACGUUUUGUAUGAUUACUCAUUAACGACACAAGUCAUUGGAAAUUUUACUGGAACCAUUAUUCAUACAAUACCACCAACACUUACUAUUGUCUAUUAA